AUGUUUCUCAAAGUUACUUAUCGAUUGGUGAUUUUCUUUUCAAUAUAUUUAUUUUUCUUGGUCGGAUUUGAUCAAGUUAAUGCUCAAGGCGAUGUCAAAGAACGGGCUACAAGUUUCCUUGCUCGUGUAGGUUUAACUAUUCCUCCACAAGGUGUAGAUGAAGACAAGUGGAUUACCCUUUGUGAAGUAAAAGCUCGUAUUGCAGAUGCCGGAAUAAAGCCAAAAACGGACACACAAACGCGCGCAAAAACGGCAAACGGAGAAAUUUUAGAAACACGCGUCGUUCGACGUGAAGAAUGGCGUUGUUCAUGGUCAACCGAAUCAUAUGCUUCUGCUGGAGAUAAAGCAGCAGUUGAUUAUAUGGAAUCGAUGAAACGACAACAUAAUGAAAAUCUACAAGUGGCUACUAACCGAGAUGCAGCCAAGCUAACAGCAACAGCUACCAGCGCAGGUUGGUGGAAAUCAGGUGCUAACUGUGAUCUGGUACUUGAAGGUCGCGUGCGCCGCUUGAUCUAG